AGUGCAGUUCAGUCUGUUGUCCAGGCGGCUGCGCGUGCUGCCGUGCCUGGCUGCAGUAUAUAACGGCGGUCAACGGUCAGAAAUCACAACGGUCAAGCCGCUCAGAGACGUUCACGGCGCCGCUAACACUCCCCCCCAAAACCCGUACAGUCCUCCGCUCCACCACCGGCACCUGUGUCCCCUCACAAGCCGGCAGAGAGGGGGGUCCAGAGCGGGGCGACACAGCAAGGACCGACCAGCAUGGACCCCCAAGCGAAGGAGCGAACCGGCCCGGCGGCGGGGGGCUUCAGCGGGCGCCUGGCCUCUCUGGGAGCCGACGGGGGCGACUCGGAGUCCGGAGCCGGCUCGGAGGAAGCUGGCGUGGGCUGCUGCAGCGACACGUUCAGCAGUCUGCCCGACAUGGAGCAGGAGACGCUGGAGGAGAAACUCAGAGGACUGGCGUUCAGAAAACAGACCUCGUAUCGGAAAGCGAUCUCCCGUUCAGGCCUCCAGCACCUCGGGCCACCCCAACCCUGCCUGCCUCCUGCAUCCAAUGGGCCCAACAAGGAGCUGCGCACCUGUGUGGACUGGACGGAGAACGCAGUGAACGGGGAUCACCUGUGGAUGGAGACCAGUUGUUCAGGAGAGCUCUGUUAUCUCGGAGAGGACACCUGCCUGCUAAAGACUGCAAAGUCGGCUCCCAGGAGGAAAUGUGCUGCCUGUAAGAUCGUUGUUCACUCCGGCUGCAUAGAGCAACUAGAAAAGAUUAACUUCAGAUGUAAGCCAACCUUCAGAGAGGGAGGAUCGCGGUGCCUCCGAGAUCAGAACAUCCUGAGACAUCACUGGGUUCACAGACGGAGACAGGAGGGGAAGUGUCGACAGUGUGGAAAGAGUUUUCAACAGAAGUUCUUCCACAGUAAAGAAAUAAUUGCCAUCAGCUGUUCCUGGUGUAAACAAGCGUUCCACAAUAAGGUGACGUGUUUCAUGCUGCACCAGAUUGAGGAGCCGUGUUCACUCGGGGCCCACGCUGGAGUCAUAGUACCGCCCUCCUGGAUCAUCAAAGUCAGGAAACCACAGAGCUCACUUAAGAACUCUGCCAGGAGAAAAAAGCGCACAUCUUUCAAACGAAGGACAAGCAAGAAGGGACUGGAUCCACAUAAAGUUUGUGAGCCGCCCAGUUUGUCAGCCGACGAUUCAAAUAAUCAAUCAGUAAGAAGGAAGAAGCUGCAGAUACAGACCCAGGGCGAGUCAGAGUCUCAGCAGGGAGGUGCCAAGGUGUUACAGAUGUUCAUGUGGAUCUUGAACCCUCGACAAGUGUUUGACCUGUCACAGGGGGGGCUGCGAGAGGCGUUGGAGUUGUAUCGGAAAGUGCCAAAUCUGAGGAUCCUUGCCUGCGGAGGGGACGGCACGGUGGGGUGGAUCCUGUCCGCUCUCGACGAGCUGCAGAUGAACCCCCAGCCUCCGGUCGCUGUUCUUCCUCUGGGAACAGGAAAUGACCUCGCCAGGACGCUCAACUGGGGUGGGGGUUACACAGACGAGCCGGUGUCCAAGGUCUUAUGUCAUGUGGAGGACGGUUCAGUGGUGCAGCUGGACAGGUGGAACCUCCUGGUGGAGAAAGGAGCUGGGCAGCCAGAGGAGGGCACACAGAAGCUGCCUCUGAAUGUGUUCAACAACUACUUCAGCCUGGGCUUCGACGCUCACGUCACCCUGGAGUUCCAUGAGUCCAGAGAGGCCAACCCAGAAAAGUUUAACAGUCGCUUCCGCAACAAGAUGUUCUAUGCAGGAGCUGCGUUCUCAGAUUUCCUCCAGAGAAGCUCGAGGGAUUUGUCCAAGCACGUCAGAGUGGUGUGUGACGGUACCGAUCUAACUCCCAAGAUCCAGGAGCUGAAAUUCCAGUGCAUUGUGUUUCUAAACAUUCCCAGGUACUGUGCUGGCACCAUGCCGUGGGGAAACACAGGCGACCAUCGGGACUUUGAGCCGCAGCGCCAUGACGACGGCUGCAUCGAGGUUAUUGGCUUCACCAUGGCCUCACUGGCGGCGCUACAGGUUGGCGGUCAUGGAGAGAGAUUGCACCAGUGCAGAGAAGUCGUCCUCACCACAUUCAAGACUGUACCUGUUCAGGUGGACGGUGAGCCGUGUCGACUGGCUCCCUCCACGCUCCGCAUCUCCCUCCGAAAUCAGGCCAACAUGGUCCAGAAGAGCAAGAGACGCACCUCUGUGCCCUUGCUCAACGAUAUUCAGAAGGUGUGUGCAGCUGAUCUGCGCCGCCUCUCUGCUCCCCCCGACUCCUUCUCUGUCCCUCACGCAGUUCCUGAUCGUCUGCGUCUUCGAGUGAAUCGGAUCAGCCUCCAGGAGUACGACAGACUGCAGUAUGACAAGGAACGACUACGAGACAUCUCCAUCCCAGUAGGCAUUGUGGUGGUGAGGGGCGACUGUGACCUGGAGACAUGCAGACUCUAUAUUGACAGAUUACAGGAGGACUUACACCAGGCGCCAUCUACUGGCCACAGAGUGCACUAUCAGGAUGAGAGCAGAGGCGUCCCCAGGACCAGUUCAACCAGCAGACUCUCUCCCAACUGGAGCUUCUUGGACUCCACAUCAGCCGACCGCUUCUAUCGCAUCGACAAGGCUCAGGAGCACCUCCACUUUGUGACAGAGAUCUGUCAGGACGAGGUGUUUAUCCUGGACCACGAGGGACCAGUGGUGAGCCAGGGGUCAUCCACGGGGAUGCCGGAUCUGGUGGUGGAGCCCACUGCUGGUGUUCCCUUGACGCCCGAUGAACAAGCUCUGCUGACAGCUGCCAGUACAGGAGAUCUAUCUAUGCUGUCGGAGUGUGUGCGCCGAGGCGUCAGCUUGUUGGUCAGAGACUCCGGAGGUUGUUCAGCGUUACAUAUAGCCGCCCAGAACGGACACACAGAGCUGGUCAGCUUCAUACUGCAGCAGGGCUCUAAGGUGCUCCUGGAUUUGACAGACAGAGAGAAGUAUGUUGGAGGGGACACUGCCUUGCACAAAGCAGCCUCGGAGAAGCAGCACGCCGUGUGUCGACUGCUGGUGGAGGCUGGGGCGUCGCUUGAGAAGACCAACUUCCAGGGGAAGACACCAGCGGACCAAGCAGAGGGAGACUCGGAGCUCGCCACCUUCCUGAACGCCCAACAGCACACGUCCUCUGCCACCCACGAAGACUUGGAGACGGCUGUCUGAGGCGCACACGCACACUCUCACACACACACACUCGCUCGGUCUCUCUGGACUCUGCACACACUCGUAGUGGAGACGAAUCUGGGAGAGAAAAGUGUUUAAGCGAUCAGAGUCUGGUUUGUCUCUGCAGAGAUGAACGGGACAGAUCAGAGGAGUGAACUGCUUCAGCUCACAGCAGCACCACAGUGGAGAUUUUAAUGGUCAACUAUUUAUUUGUAUUUAUUUAUUCAUAUUCUAUUUAUUGGUUGUGCUGAUUGAUUGAUUGAUUGAUCGUUGGACUUUUAACGGUUCAGGAUGCAAGUGCACUUUGAGCAGCCGUGGUGAGUUCACUUGUCGUUUAGGAGAGACGAACUCAAGAAAACAUGUUUUAUUUUGGUCACAGUUCAUAUUUGAAGAAUGGGUUCACUCAGUAAAAAAAUAUGUGUUGAUCAAGUAUUUAAAAUCAGAUAGAAAUGACUUCUGCUGAAAAUAAUUAAAAUGACAUAAAUAUAUAAGUUUUAUAUGUGUUUGCCCCAUAAAACCUGUGUGCCAAAGACACUGAUGUAGUGUCAUAUCUGUCUCAGUAAUGUUCCCACAAUCCGUCACAGUGGUUUCUUUUCACAUUCUCAUAAAUCUUCAGAACGUCGCUUUCAUACCAAACAAUGUAAUGUUAAUGUUAAGGAUCACAUUACAGGGUCAACGGAGGGCUGUGAACAUUAUAAAGCUAAAAAAAAAAAUUAAUUUCAGCUGUCUCACAUUAGUUUAAGUACAGAAGAAAGGAACGAUGAAUCUUAAUUAAAACCAGAGCUACAAAUUGCCUCUCAAGUGAAACUGUUUCUCUGACUCAGCUGACCUGAUAACUGAGUGCGUGUUACUCCACUAAUUCCUAACCCUUGGGGGCAGUGUUGUAGUCAGGACCACUUGAACUAAAACCAGACUUGAGGUUGAGGCUGAUUUUUAUUUGUAAUAAGGCUCUACACAGAGCCGACACUGUAGCUUACACAAGUGGCCUGUGUUGUAGUGAGCAUUUAUACUUGUGAUAUUAGAUACUUAGAUAUAGAUACUUGUGUGGGUGAUGUGUCUGCGUCGUUCUGCACUUACGCCUCCAAAACACUAGAUGGCGGUGGAACCCUUAUGCCUCUGUUUUGAUUUUCUGCAACGUUUGAUUUGUCUGUUCCAUUAUAACUCACAAAGUUGUCAGACAAAGCAACUGUCUUAUACUAGACAUGUUUUCCCCACAAAUACAACAUGCUAAUGUAUUUAGCAUACACCUAUGACAUUUCCCAUUGCUUAAAUUAGUCUAGCUGCUAGCUGACUUUUUCUCUACUCCUAUUAAGCCUGAACAACAGCGUCAUGUAACAAAGGUAAUGUUACAAAAUUUGGCUCCAUCAUAGGUCACAAGGUUCACUGACAAAACAGUUGUCUAAUGCAGCAUACACACUACACGAUAUCAGCCCGAUUAUAGCCCAACGCAGUGCCGUACCGUGUUGGCUCAGAUCAUGUACGACAAUGAACAUCGUUGAUUCAUGCCUAAAGCUGGAUUUUUACUCGUGCGGUAGACCCUACGCUGUUGUGAGCAUUUAUGCCUGUGCAGUGGUGUGUCUGUGUCACUCUGCAGUUACACCUCCAAAACACUAGUCGGCGGUGAACGUUUCUGUGAAGUGCUGUAAAGUUUAGUUGAUUCAAAACACACACAUUAAACACACAUUAAACAUGGCUUAAUAGAGACAAUUUCAAACACAAGUACACAAAUCAGCUUCACUAUAACUCGCAGCAUUCACAGACAAACACUUGUCUUUAUCUGGACACAUUUUCCCCACAAAUACAACAUGCUAAUGUUUUUAGCACAAGCCUAUGGCAUUUUACAUUGUAUAAAUUAGCCUAGCAGCUAGCAGACUUUUCCUCUACUCAUAUGAAGCCAGGGACAACAGCAACAUUUAACAAAGGUUACAAAAUUCAGCUCCAUUACAGCUCACAAGGUUCACUGACAAAACAACUGUCUUAUAAUAAACAUGUUUUCCAAACAAAUACAACACGCUAACGUUAUUAGCACAAGCCUAUGACAUUUUACAUUGUAUAAAUUAGCCUAGCAGCUAGCAGAGAUUUCCUCUGCUCAUAUGAAGCCAGGAUAAAUCACACACAAGACUUAAAAUGCUAUUUUUGUGGAGGCUUUAUUGUCUUCACAAUUUAUUGUUUCUUAUCUGUGAAAUUAAAGUAAAUAAAAGCUUUGUUUCCACUGAGGGAAAUGGUUUCAGUUUACAGAGACAGACAGGAGCUCUGCAUCGCCACAACGUGUAGUUACAUUUCUGGGGAGGUGCACGUCAGGUUAUGGUGUAGGGUACAGCGUACGCUCUACAUCGACGCAGAGAUACAGUGUCAGUUCAACAAAGAAGUAUAAACUCCACCAGUGAGUCUGACACUACAUAACACAGAUAAAGUGUGGAACAUGCAAACUAUAGGCACUCCACAAACUGAUGUGAAAGAUCCACAUUCUCAUAAAACACAGAAAACAAAUUAAGAUCCCUCUCCAUUCACCUCUUUUAUAACUAUAUUGUCUAUCUGUAUGUGACUGAAUGUACCAUGAGAAAUGUCUGGAUAAAAUAAUCAGAAGGCAUCACAGAGGGGAUUUUUAUUUCCUUUGUUUUCUGUGAGCAAACAAACACGAAGGAUCAACUGAAACAUCUUUAUUCAGUGCUCCUUUUUUGCACUUAUAAUUUAGUGAUAUCCCCACAACCGUGUUUUUUUUAAAUUAAAAUCCAGAGUCCUCUUUGUCUGGAACCGACACAGGGCCGAAUAGAAGCGUGGUCGAGACUCUCAAACAGUGAUCUGAAGUCUGGUCUUGGGUGCUACAACACUGCCUCAGGGUCUGACACAUAAAUUUCACGUGUCACAAAAUGAGUUUAAGAAAGAAAAAAACACAAGUUUGCUUUUUAUUCUUGUGAAACACUUGAUACUUCCACCUUUUUAAGCCUCUAAAAACUCCUCAAACAACCUCAGAAGGAAAAAAAAAUAUUAGUCUUUGCUCCAACUUCUCCCAGUUUAUACUGGUUUGUUUUAAGGUUUAACAAGCUAAUAAAGGUUGGGAAGCACUGGUUUAUUCCACAAACACCAUUCUCCCUGAACACUGAACUAUAACUGGUUACCAGGCAUGUCAGAUAAAGAUUUUAAAGAAUUGGAAAUAUUAUAUAACGAAGCCAGUGUUGGCCUAGAGUGGAGGAAAACCAACACAUUAGUUCAAGUGAAACCAUGAAGCAGCCGGUUGGUUUGAAAGGACAGAGCAGACUGUGUUUAAAGCAGAGUCACUAAUCUGAUCAUUUUUAAACGCUGCCGUCACACAAACAAGUAUUUUAACUUUUCACAGUGUGUUUGUGGUACUUCUGACCCGACAAGGCUUUUCACAUGCAGUGUGUGUGCGUGCGUGUGUGUGUAUGUAUGAUGAUAUUCUUCAUUCCAUAUCAAACCCUGAAGAGUCAGUACAGCUGCAGCAGGAAGUUUUCACUGCUCUCUGUGCAGCUUGUGCAAAACUACAGAUUGUGUUAUAACUGUGUGUGUGUGUGUGUGUGUGUGUGUGUGUGUG